AUGAACCCCAGUUUCAUUUUCCUGUGCCUGGUGUGUUCUCUCCUGACCACAUGCCGGUCACACGGGGCAAAGGAACACAAGCCUAACAUCGUGCUCAUAAUGGUCGACGAUUUGGGGAUCGGAGAUCUGGGUUGCUAUGGGAACGACACCAUCCGGACCCCACACAUCGACGGCUUAGCCCGGGAGGGUGUCCGCCUCACCCAGCACAUCUCUGCAGCUCCCUUGUGCAGCCCCAGCCGAGCCGCUUUCCUGACGGGAAGGUACCCCAUCCGCUCAGGUAUGGUUUCUAAUGGCAAUAACCGUGUCAUCCAAAGCCUUGGGGUCCCCAGCGGACUCCCUCCUAAUGAAACGACAUUUGCAGCCUUACUCAAGAGACAAGGGUACAGCACAGCGCUCAUAGGCAAAUGGCAUCAAGGUCUAAACUGCCGAUCUCGAAGUGACCACUGCCACCAUCCGUAUAAUUAUGGGUUUGAUUACUAUUACGGCAUGCCAUUCACUCUGACUAAUCCUUGCUGGCCAGACCCCUCCCGUGACACAGAAUUAGCCAUUGGGCACUGGCUGUGGCUCUGUGUGCAGCUGGUCAUCAUUGCCACACUCACCCUCACCCUUGGGAAGCUGGCCAGCCGAGUGUCUGUCCCCUGGUCCCUCAUCGUCACCCUAACGCUGUUUGUGCUCUUGCUGGCAUGCGCGUGGUUCUACAGCUACCAAUCCCCUUUGUAUUGGAACUGCCUUCUCAUGAGGGAGCAGAACAUCAUGGAGCAGCCCAUGAAGGCCGAGAGAGCUGGGUCCAUCAUGGUGAAAGAGGCCGUUUCAUUUUUAGAAAGGCACAAGGAAGGCCCUUUCCUGCUUUUUUUCUCUUUUCUUCACGUACAUGAACCUCUUCCCACCACAGAUGAGUUCAUUGGCACCAGCAAGCACGGCUUGUAUGGAGACAAUGUGGAGGAGAUGGACUCCAUGGUGGGCAAGAUCCUUGGUGCUAUUGAUGAUUUGGGUCUGAGGAACCACACUCUUGUCUACUUUACGUCAGACCAUGGCGGCCAUCUGGAGGCUAGGCGAGGUCACGCCCAACUUGGAGGAUGGAAUGGAGUUUACAAAGGAGGAAAAGGCAUGGGAGGCUGGGAAGGUGGUAUCCGAGUCCCAGGAAUUGUUCGAUGGCCGGGAAAGGUACCAGGUGGACGUUCCAUUGAGGAACCUACAAGUCUGAUGGACGUUUUCCCAGCACUGGCCUCCGUGUCUGGAGCAACCCUCCCCCAGGACAGAGUGAUUGACGGCCGAGACCUCAUGCCCUUGCUGCGGGGAGACAUCCAGCAUUCAGAGCAUGAGUUUCUGUUUCACUAUUGUGGAUCAUUUCUGCACGCCGUGAGGUGGCACCCCAGGGAGCAUGGUGAGUCUGGGGCAGUUUGGAAGGUGCAUUACGUCACUCCGAUAUUUCAGCCACCAGGCGCCGGGGCUUGCUACAAGACCCUAUUCUGUGGGUGUUCCGGAGACGAGGUCACCACCCACGACCCCCCUCUACUGUUUGAUCUGUCCAGGGAUCCGUCCGAGUCCACACCCCUGACCCCUGACACAGAGCCCCUGCAUGAUUUAGUGAUUAAAACGGUAGCUGCUGCCCUCAGAGAGCACCAGGCCGGCAUCAUUCCCGUCCAGCAGCAGCUGUCCCAGUUGAACAAGGACCAGAUAUGGCUGAGGCCGUGCUGUGGGGUGUUCCCGUUUUGUCUGUGUGACAAGGAGGAGCUGAAAGCCCCCAUUCCUCAGUAA